AUGGAACAUGCGAAAGAGGGAAGCCGACAAAUUUUGGCCGGUGGAUCGGCGGGCUUAGUGGAAGUGUUGAUCAUGCAUCCGUUGGACUUGAUCAAGACUCGACUCCAAAUCGAUCAAUCAAACCGCGGAAUGGCCGAUUGUGUGAGAAGCACAUUAAGAGAUGAAGGAAUACGCGGGUUUUACAAAGGAAUCCUGCCGCCGAUUCUCGCCGAGACGCCGAAGAGAGCCACAAAAUUCUUUACUUUUGAGCAAUACAAGCACAUCUUUAGCACACCGGGCAUCUCGCCGGCUAUUACUCUCUCCUUGGCUGGUCUCUGUUCGGGAAUGACCGAAGCAGUAGUGGUGUGCCCAUUUGAGACGGUUAAAGUUCGACUACAGUCGAUGAAAAAUGCAAAUCCUAAAGAGGUGCCCACAUCGAUGGAACUAGCGCGGGAGAUCAUUAGAGCCGAGGGAAUGGGCACAAAGGGAAUUUUUCGAGGAUUAACAUCAACAGUUGCGAGAAACGGCACAUGGAACAUGGUGUAUUUCGGUCUCUAUCACAAUGUCAAAGUCUACAUCCCAGAUGCAAAGGAAUCCGCGUCACUCAACUUAACCUAUCGAAUUCUGCUCGGUUUCAUUGCUGGAUCGCUGGCCUCGGUGGUGAAUAUCCCGUUUGAUGUGGCGAAAAGUCGGAUACAGGGUCCGCAACCAAUUCCGGGUUCUCGAAAAUAUCACGGCUGCCUCCAAAGCAUGGGACUUGUUUACAAAGAAGAAGGCUUCUUCGCUCUCUACAAGGGACUUUUGCCGAAAAUCAUGCGACUUGGGCCAGGUGGUGCAAUCAUGUUGGUCGUUUACGACGAGGUCUACAAGUACUUGAAACAAUUUGGA